UUCAGUUUUACUAUAAUUAACGACGUAGCAAUUUGAUUUUAAUACAGGCUACGAAUUGAACGUAAACUGAUAUGCCACGGUUUUCAUGAAUUAAUCGUGAAGUGUACAAAUAUUUGAAAACAAGUAUACCUUGCUAGAUCGGUAACAUGCUAAAACUGUUCGUAUCUGUUUGAUGGUACUGCAUCUGAUGGUAACCAGAUGCAGUACGAUGCAUCAUCUCGCUUAGCUAAACAGAGAAUAAUUGGUGUCAUAUCAUCUCCCUCCCAAGAGUCCUUCAACACACCAGGGGAAAAUGUUGAGGAGUGCAUCAGCACAGGUGCUCAGACAGUGUUUGAGGUACACGAGCACGGACGCAAGCCUCAUACUUGAGAAAUCAAUGAACCGGGUGCAGAUCCUGGGUCGGGUGGGGCAGGACCCAGUCAUGCGACAGGCGGACGGCAAGAACCCUGUCACCAUCUUCUCUGUGGCAACCAAUGAGAUGUGGCGCUCGGGGGAGGCAGCGACAGGAGAUAUCAGUCAGAAAACCACCUGGCACCGCAUCUCCGUAUUCAGGCCUGGCCUGCGCGACGUGGCGUACCAGUACGUGAAGAAGGGGUCCCGCGUGUUUGUGGAGGGGAAACUGGACUAUGGGGAGUAUUUGGACAAGAACAGUGUCAGGCGCCAAGCAACCACCAUCAUUGCCGAUAACAUUAUCUUUUUAAGUGACACUACACGAGAGCCAAUGUGAAGUCAUAACCUCGAGGACUGACUGAAGAAGUUUUUUUUUUUUUUAACGACACUUGUCCUCCCUUUUUGUGACCGUUUCAGUUCCCGUUGUAACCAUUUUCAUAAAACCAAGAGUCCGCUACUUUUUUUCAGUAAGUCCAUUGUAUUAAUUUGUUUUCUCUUGUAUAACCAUAAUGUAAAAUGCGCCUUUGUAUUCAUUUUUGUUAAUAAAACGAAACAUAUUCCCAAUAA